AUGUAUGUUCUAAUCAACAUCUAUGCUCCGAAUAAAGAUUCGAAUAUUGUGAGCUUUUUCAACAAUCUACUUCUGAUUUUGCGAAAUAAUAAUUUUGAUGAAGAAGAAAACAUUAUUAUGGGAGGGGAUUUCAACUGCCCUCUUAAUCCACUUAUGGAUAAGAAAGGAGGCCAAUUGAGUCCAAGAAAAUCUGUUGUAUCAACCAUUAGCAACCUACUAGAAGAGUUUGAUCUCGUCGAUAUAUGGAGAGUUAAGAAUCCUCAGAAAAAGAGCUUUACAUGGAGUCAAAAUUUGCCUACGAUCUUUUGUCGUUUAGACUAUUGGCUGAUCUCAAAUUCUUUACAUGAUCUAGUUAAAGCAGCAGAUAUAUUCCCGGCAAUUAGAACAGACCAUGCAGCUAUUACUCUUGAACUUGUAUACAAAUCUGAUGACAUCAAAGGUCCAGGUAUCUGGAAAAUGAAUUGCUCCCUUUUAGAUGAUGAAGACUACGUUAAUGGCAUCACGGAGAGGAUACCUAUCUGGUUAGCUGAAGGUCGUAAGGACCUUUCGAACUGUCGAAGUAUUUGGGACUGGUUAAAAUACAACAUAAGAGCGCACACUAUACAGUAUUCCAAAAGAAAAGCUCGAGAAAGAAGUGAAAGAGAAAAGGAACUCCAAGAACAACUCGCUAAUGCAAAG